UGCUGUCGGUAAUAUAUUGGCAAACACGCGAAAAAAUCGCAAGCGACCGAGAAACGUGGCGUGUAAAUGAAAAACGAAUCAGUGUAAGGACGCGCACAGCGGAAACUAGUUGUGGCAACGUGCGCCUGCAUUAUGAUUGUGUGUGUGUUUGUAGCUGAACAUAAGUGAGCGGAAGAGUGGCCAAACUUUGGCAGGAAAUUGCAGUAGAUUCAGCUGAAGUGCGUCAAGUAACAGAAAAGCAAAAAAAUAUUUAUACACAUACGUAAAUAAAUGAAUGAGUGUGCGUGGGAAAAGGAUAAUACCAAGGCAGGACCAAGCUGUAAAUAAAAGACCGGAAACUGCGGUGGAAAUACCACCAAGCAUGGCAGAACUUUGUCUCUGUGGGUGUAUGUAUGUACAGGCGUAAAUAUGGAAAUUAACGGAGAUGAGCUCGAAGUAAAUUACAUUGAAGAAGUAAUAGUUCGCUCUGGCUGCUGAAAAGAUAUGUUCAAAACAAAUAAAGUUUUAUAAAAUCGCCUAUGAAAAUGACUACUCGCUGAAAAAAUAUCAACAAAAGUAAGCUGAAAUUACAUAAUUGUGUACAUAAAAAGUCAGCAUAUCUACGGCCACGGAAAUAAAUGCAGCAACAACAGAAGCAGCAGAAACACAUCAAGUGAAAGCAUCCAUUGUUUAAAUGAAUAACCUGCAGUUACUAGCAUAAUUACUACAAAGCAAGUAAAAUCCGAAAAAAGCAAUUAAAGCAAAAAGGAAAUUACUUAAACAACAAACAACACUUGGCGAUAACUCUAGCAUCGGACGAUUUGCAAAUCAAUCACAACAACGACAGACGCUCUCACUCGACAGACCACGAUGCCAUCGCACUUUUAUCCUGUGUUGCCACCUAUUCUGCCGCACACAUUCAUAUAACAAGUUGAGCGCAAAAUGUGGCUGACUGCGAAUGUGGUUACAAAGUGUUGUUGUUGUGCGUGAGUGUAAAAUCGAAACGAAUGUAUAAGCACAGGAAAAAUGCCUUUGCACGGCAAUAAACGCCAAAAACAACAACAACACUGCAGCAACAAUAACUACACCAACGAAAACCUAGCCAACGGCGAGAUACAGAAAGGGCAGCAACGACUAAAGUACAACGAUCGACGAGAAAACAAUUACACACAAGAGAAGCCAGAAAAGCAACAACAUCAAGCAAAAGAGCAACGGCAGCAGCAGCAGCAGCGACAAAUUGAGCGAGAGAGCGACGGGCCCGCGCGCUUAGCGGUGCUGCAGGAGUGUAGAAAGCAAAUAUCUAUUGGCCUAGCAGAAACAGUUGAAACUGCGAGGAAGCAGCCAAGAGCGAUUGUAGCAAAUCUAACUGCGCUCGCAACAACAAAUAUCACCUAUAGAGCACCACAUACGGGCAAGUAUCCACCUUCGUGUGCACCACAGCUGAAUUUCGUACCGUUGCAGCUCCACGUUCUGCUUCUUUUCCUCCUUUGCUGCACAAUGCCUCCACAAGUGCAAGCCGACUGGUUAAUGGACUGUGGGGAUUGUCUGUGUAAGUGGCAAUCGGGGAAGAAGACCGCCGACUGUAAGAAUCUCACCCUCAAUGCGGUGCCGGAAAAUCUGAGCAACGAAGUGCAAGUGCUCGAUCUCUCCUUCAAUCGUGUGGCCAUACUGGAACAGAAUGCCUUUUUAAACGCUGAUUUGCAUAAUUUACAUAAACUUUUCAUGCGCAAUGCGACGCUGCAGCAAAUCGAUCCACGCACAUUCACUCAACUGGAGAUUCUUAUCGAAUUGGAUUUAUCGAACAAUUUACUGCGAACACUGCAGGCUAACGUAUUUUCGCGCCUCGUGAAAGUGCGUUCCAUAGUGCUAAACGGCAAUUUGCUGGAGUCGCUCGCCGAUGGCGUCUUCCAGAACCUAAAGUUCUUGCACAAGGUCGAAUUGAAGCACAAUCGAUUAGUGCGCAUUGGCCAGCAGGCGUUCGGGAACGUACCGCUGUUGUCGCAAAUAUAUUUGGAUAGCAAUCGGCUAAGCUUUCUGCGUAAGGAGUCCUUUGAGUCGCUUAAACGGCUGACGGCGCUUUCACUCGAUUCAAAUCCCUGGAAUUGCACAUGCGAGCUACAGAUAUUUCGCGACUUUGUGCUGAAACGAAAUCUUUACACACCGCCCACUGCUUGCUAUUAUCCGGUGCAUUUGCGUGGUAUGCUGUGGGUUGAGGAUCAACCUGAGGCGUUUGCUUGCAAGCCGCGUAUAAUUUAUCCCGCUCGUGGUGCUUCUAUCAAUACUUCAAAAGAGAAUGUCACGCUGGUGUGUCGCGUGCACGCAUCGCCGAAUACACUGAUAGCCUGGGACUUCAAUAGACAACAAUAUCGCGCUUCGACCAGCAGCGGUAUCAAUGCCGUCACCACUAGCAGCGCCAAUGGUGUCAGUUGUUGUGGCAGUGGUCAAGCGCAACGUGUGCAUAUCCAACUGCUGCGUGAUGAUCAAUCGAAGGAAAAAGAAUUUGGCCGUGAUAUAUUUAUUUCACGUCUGACAAUUGUUGGCGCGGAGAAGAGCGAUGAAGGAAUUUACACUUGCUCUGCAGAGAAUGCUGGUGGCAAGGACACAGUGCAAAUGAGUUUGUUGCUACAAAGGUCUGCUCCUCGCGAUCUGCUGCUGCAGGGAAAUUUAAUAAUUGUGAUUUCGCUGAUGGCACUGGGCUUACUCAGUGUCUCAGUGUUUCUGGCGCUCAUCACCUGCUGCAUUUACAAAAGAUUCAAGGCAAUGAGUCCCACACAUCACCGGCAUCAUCAUCAUCAUCUCGACGUAGCAGACCAAUUGACGCCCGGCAUGGAUGGUCAUCACACGACAACGACUACAUUGGCUGGAGGUACGGAUGUGGUGCUCGGUAUUGAGGACACAGUGAGCGGAUAUAAGCAUCAUUUGCAGAAGAAAAAUGCGAAUGGUGAUUUGUUGGAAGGUAAAAGUAGUCCGGGCAGUGGAGCUUGUGGGAAAUACACCGAGGUGAUAAAACAUGCUGCAACUGUGAUGGAUAAUGGUGGGUUGCUAAGGAGCGGCGGUGGUGGUGGCGGUGGUGCCGUGGAUGGCACUGGUGUGAACAGAGGAGGGCCGCAUACGGACAAGAUGUACUUGGAGCGAAGCAAUGAAGAUACGCUCCACAUCAAAUACCCGCAUGGACCGUCCGCAGUUGAAAUAAAUCGUCUCCUCAGUGCAACAUCAACAACAACAUUGGACAUGUCGCCUAUCGGCAAAGGUGGCCUCGGUAGUGUAGGUGGUAGCAAGUGGCGUACAGACUUACAGAGUAGUGAGGGUCAAUUGGGCGGCGGUGGAGGACGUACCGGCGAAUAUCAGCCAGACCUUCUCCCCGCGUACAGCACCCACAAAGCAGUCAACAAUAGUAACAGUAACAUUAAUGGUCAUGCCAACAAUGCGGCCAGCAAUCAGCAAGGACAGCUUUAUAGUCCGAUAAAACCAAUGAGGGCAGUAAAUCUACACGAUGACCAGCAAAUGUCACAACAACAACACCAAAAAACAUUGCAUGAACAACCCAAUGUGGCCAAAAGUAAAUAUAAUAUCAAUGCGCAAGAGUAUUUGCAGUCCAGGUAUGGUGCCGCAAGCAAACCCAGCGAAAAGACUUUGCGUCGAGGUGAGGCGAUUGUUGUGGCAACGACGACCAGCAUCGGUCUCACCAGCACUGGUUCAAUGCCAACGACAACUGUGGGCGCAAGUGUCGCGACGCCACAGGCGGAAAGUGGCUUUUCGACGCUACAACGACAUAGUAAAUCAGUCGCCCUAUCGCCGCGUACACCCACCGACUCACACUCUGUAACAGGACAUAGCAACAGUAACAAUUAUGGGUAUGAGUACCGUCAACCUCCUCCGCCACCUUACAAUUCUGCACAUCGUACAGCCAGUGGUUUGCAGCUGUUACAACGCCGCACCAGCAUAAACAACGAGCAGAACAAUGAGCAGAUGAAUGCGACAAAAGAUCUUGGCUAUCGGGAGGCAUUGGGCGGCAGCAACUAUACUAGUGGUGGUAGUGGCGUGGGUGACGGUGCACGUCAGACCAUUGUGACAGCAUCCUCAUCACUGCAAUUCCUCACCACAACUGGCUAUGGUAGCAAUGUGGCGCCACAGCGACAACUACUUUGAUCAUCGACGCAACCGGGUGUGCUGAGGUAGAACAUUGGGCGGCUGCUUUAAGCGGCGCUCUGAGGUGUGGUGGCCACCACAGGCGGUCAAUAAUUUGGAAAGAAAAGGUGUCCAGCUGAUUAUGCAAUAUGGAAAAUUUGCGAACUGAGUUUCUUAGACAACGCCGCCGGAAGGAUAAAAAUUGUAUGGAAACGAAUUACUGUAAAUUGUAUCGGAAUAUAAAUAUUUUGUGCACGUAAAGGUUUGGGUGUCACAAUGAAAUUCUAAAAAAAUUGUUAUCGAAGUUUUUGUUUUGUAAACAAUUUUACAAAGUAAAUCUUAAAGUCAUUAUUCAAUAUUCAGUAUAGAAAUGCUUAUCUUAUUUGAAUUAUUUUUAUACAUUUGAAAUGUUUGUUUAUGUAUUUAUAAAUCCCAGCAGAAAAUGUAACUAGUAAAGAUAAAAAAAUUGUGUCGCAUAGAAAGUAAUUCCAUCGAAUUGAAAGAAAUUUGACUUUAAGGGGUAGUUUCGCAUUAGAAAAAAUCAUGGCUAAAAAUUACUUCCUUAUGUUCUCAAAAAUACUUCUCUUUUCAAAAUACAAGGUGGGUUCAAAAAAUAAGGCUAAUCUUCAAACGUACAUUCAACUUUCGAUAAUUAGUAUUUUUUAUGCAGGAAUUGUUGAAUAACAUCCACGAUGAUCCAGAUUUGCUUAAAAGGGUUAUAGCUGGUCACGAAUGAGUUAUGACAUCGAAACCAAAGCCCAAUCGUCCCAAUGGAAGAGUCCAGAAGAGCCAAGAGUCGAUAGCAGAAAAUCGCCGAACACGCAAAACACUUGUCUUAUUUAUGUCUCCCACAAGCAAACUAGACCGUCUAUAUUGCUGAAACCCUGAACAUAUCUUCGACAAAAGUGUACCAACAUAAAAAUAAAAAUAAUAAUCGAAAGUCGAAUGUACGUAGACCGCGAAAUAUGAAGAUUAGUCUUGUGUUUUGAACACAUCAUAAUGAUAUCAAUUAGCUACCAACAAAUGUAAUCGUUAACAUCUAAUCCGAAAAUCAAUCUCACCAGUUACUUUUUAUGUACCUACUUUUCUUCAUACCCUUGAAAUGAGUACUAGAAAUGAAGGUUCUGGAUGGCAUUGCGAGUUUACUUUAAAAUGCAGAAAUUUCGCCACUCACCUCUUUUUUUACGAAGAUGCAUUAGCUAUCAAUCCUAUGUGUAAAUAAUUGUACUAUUUCAUCCUUUUCAUUGUGGCAAAUGGAUGCCAACUCGAAGGACGCUUUUAUACAAGGUGGCGCAAAAGUAACCUUGCGAUGUUUUUUGGCUGUAAUUAAAAAAAAAAAUGAAAAACUUUGAUUCUUCUUGUGGAUUAUUUUUAUUUGGUCUUUUAAUUUUUUUUACAUCAAGCCGAGAAUAUGAUGUCAGGUAAAUGGCCGCCGCCACAGUUGAUUGCCAUUUGAGCCCUUUUUAUGGCAUUUUCCAUCACUUUGGCCAAAACUUCCGGCGAUAGGUCCUCACAUUCUUGACGGAUAUUGUCUUUAAGAGCUGCAAGAGUCUGAGGCUUGUUGACAUAAACCCGCUACUUCAAAAAGCCCUACAAAAAGAAGUCUGGAGCGGUCAAAUCAGGCGAUCUUGCUGCCCAGUGCAAGUCCCCGGGAAAUGCAUCCUUCAGCAUAUCGGUUGUGGCACGGGCAGUGUGUGCCGUUGCACCGUCCUGUUGGAACCACAUGUUUUCCAAUCCCAAUUCAUCAAGUUGCGGCAAAAAGAACUCGUUGACCAUUGCUCUGUAGCGCUCACCAUUCACAGUAACCGUUUGGCCCGCGACGUUUUCGAAGAAAAAGGUCCGAUGACUCCUCCAGCGAAAACAGCACACCAUACAGUGACUUUGAGCGGGUGUAAUGGCUCUUCGUGGGUUACACGCAGAUUUUCAGUGCCCCAGAAGCGUAAAUUUUGCUUAUUUACGUGCCCGCUAAGAUGGAAAUGGGCCUCAGCACUCAUGAUUAUUUUUGAUGAAAAAUCGUCUUCCUCUUGGUGGUGAUUAAGGAUGGCUUGAGCGUAUGUUAGACGCGAUUGGCGGUGAUGCACCGUCUGGACUUUGUACGGAAACAUCUUCAAAUCUUGUACCAAAAUUCGCUGUAAAGACCGUCGACUGAUACCCAUUUGCGUGGCACGUCGUCUGGUCGAUGUCGACUGCGCUUUCAUGACAUCCUCGGCUACAGCAGCAAUAUUCUCUGCAGAACGGCUACUCCGGGGUCUGCCACGCCUGGCAGCAUCUCGUGUUGUGCCAGUCUCUUCGAGGCGAGCGGCUAAACGUUGCAGUGUUUCACCAGUAGGCGUUGGACGGCGGGGAAAUCUGCGACCAAAUUCACGUUGUGCCAAAGUCACCGACCGAUUAUUGGUGAAAUAAAUAGUCAGCAAUAUUCCGCGUUCUGGAGCAGUGUAGCGUAACAUUGUUUAUUAACGUGUAUUUCACAUGUGUUUACUACACAAAUGUCAAAACAGAACUGACAUUAGGGGCCAAUCGCAAAAUGUAUAGCAUUUUCUGAUAGGAGGAUUACUUUAGCGCCACCUGUUAUGAGAAUUAUCAUUCAUACCAUGACUUGACUGGCUCCAGUAAGCUGUUAAUUGUUAUUUAUUUCACUAGAGCGUACUUACAGUUUGUCAUUCCAUAUUCUUCAUUACACAUCUCAUAGGCAGUCAUUAUUACAAAUCUUGCGUAGCUUUUGUAGGUGCUAUUGCUACUCCAUAUAAAAAAAUAGGUUUCUGGCGUGUCUGGUUUCUGGUUUGCGGCGCUCAAAACGGCAAUCUCUGGUGGUAAUGACUCCUUGUCUAUCGAUCGCUAGGGCCUAUGCUGGAAACCCCCUGGGGGUGUUGAGACAUCUUCCUAGGAAAAGAUAGUGUUUUGAUUUCCUUAGGAUUUUGAAAUAAAAUAAACUACACCAACUGUUUAAAAAUGCAAUCUUUGUUUUGCAUAGUUCUGACGCGUAUAAGUGCAUGUGGUGAAAUUCUGGUUGCAGAUAAGUGCAUCGCUUCAUGAAAUGAUCAAGUUUUUGUUUACGCAUUCUGUGAGUCUUAUGGGAUUAUUUUGUUAAAUCUUUUUUACUAAUUUCCCUUUUUUGAUAAGUUUUCUUAACUAAAGUCUUAGAGUAUUUUUAAGCCGCAGUAAGGUCUUUUAUCUGGGAUGCGAGAAUAUGUAUACUUCCAACUCUGAACUGUCUUCACGCUCGAAAGUUCCCAUUAUCAGGACUCGCAAUUGAUUCUUCUGUUUCUGUGAAUUAAAUUCUUUAAAUUGGUAUAAUUAUUCCAUGGAUUUAGAAAAUGAUAUUACUUUUAAUAGUGUGAAAUUCUAUAAGAAAGUUUCUACAAAUUAUUUUUUGUAACAUUCGCUGAAAAGCUUCAAAGUCCUUUUGAUAUUGUUACAAUAGUAUUUGUUUUUCAGUACUAAAUACAAGAGUAAUUCACUAAAUUGACUAGCUCACAUCUAAUUCGAAAGAUAAUUUUUUCUGUAACCCUAAAAGUGAUAAAUAUUUAUGUGGGAGUUCAAAGGUGAAGAAUGGCUGCAAGGUGACAAUAUUUUGAAUGUGCGACGAGAGUGAAGUUUAGUGGGGAGGCAAAGAGACCCCAGCGAAAACGUGCAGCUUAACGACGAGUUUGAGUUUCAUUCUAUACCUGUUUUAAUUCCUCCUUUUUUUCUUGAUUGGCGCGAUAACCGCUUACGCCAUUUUGGCCGCGUUUAACAAAGCGCGCCAGUUGUUUGUUUCUCGUGCUAAUCAGCGCCAGUUAGACACACCAAGUGAAGCCUAGCCCUUAUCCACCUGAUGUUUCAAACGCAGAGGAGCCGUUCCUCUUCCUCUGCUACUACCAGCUGGUACCGCAUCGAAUACUUUUGUAUCUGUUCCGACGACAUGACCCAGCCAACGCAGCCGCUGGAUCUUUAUUCCCUGCGCUAUGCCUAUGUUGUUAGGCGGCCGCCGUAGCCGAAUGGGUUGGUGCGUGAUUACCAUUCGGAAUUCACAGAGAGGUCGUUGGUUCGAAUCUCGGUGAAAGCAAAAUUAAUAAAAACAUUUUUCUAAUAGCGGUCGCCCCUCGGCAGGCAAUGGCAAACCUCCGAGUGUAUUUCUGCCAUGAAAAAGCUCCUCAUAAAAAUAUCUGCCGUUCGGAAUCGGCUUGAAACUGUAGGUCCCUCCAUUUGUGGAACAACAUCAAGACGCACACCACAAAUAGGAGGAGGAGCUCGGCCAAACACCUAACAGAAGUGUACGCGCCAAUUAUUUAUUUUAUUUUAUGUCUAUGUUGUUGUAGAGCUCAUACAGCUCACUGUUCCAUCACCUGCGGUACUCGCCGUCACCAACGUGCAAAGGUUCAAAAAUCUUUCGCAGAAUCUUUUCGCAUACACUCCAAAGGACGCCUCAUGUUGUCAUCGUCCAAGCUCCUGCGCCGCCAUGCGAUAGGCCGGGCAUGAUGAGAGCCUUAUAGAGAUUAGUUUUGUUCAUUGAGAGAGGACUUUACCACUCGGUUGCCUUCUUAGUCCAAAGUAGCACUUGUUGGAAAGAGACAUUCUCCGUUGGAUUUCAAGGCUGAUAUUUUUAUCGGUGUUAAUGCAGGUUCCUAAAUAAUUUUAAUUAAAAUCAUUAAAUGCAAUAUUCCUUCAAACUUCAGUUCGAGUUAUUUAUUUAUCGUUGAUUAAAGUUCGAUCUUGGUAAAGGAAACCCCAUAUUUAUUUUAGGAAAAAGUCAAGGAAUUGCAUAUUUAAUAGACAAAACGGGUAAUAAUUGUUCAUAUUUCUGUUCUUUAGUCUUUUUAGAAAGUUUAUACACUUCCAACAAGGUGCAGUAAAAUCGUUCGUACUGCUCUCAUUACUCCACCUGUAUAAUUCCACCAUGGACACAUAUUUAUGUGCUGUGAUGUGCUUCAUACUUCACACAUGAAAAUGUUGCAAUGAAGAUAAUCUCUUUGAUCCACAUAGCCAAUGAUUUUGCCAAAAAGUUCUUCAUAGAAUAAUAAAAACAGUAUCGCGUGACUUUGCUGUUGACUAAGGAAAAUAGCCAUUAGUUUCUUCUUCUUCUUAAUUGGCGCUAUAACCGCUUACGCGAUUUUGGCCGAGUUUAACAAAGCGCGCCAGUCGUUUCUUUCUCGUGCUAACCGGCGCCAGUUGGACACACCAAGUGAAGCCAAGUCCUUCUCCAUCUGAUCUUUCCAACGCAGAGGAGGCCGCCCUCUUCCUCUGCUACCACCAGCUGGUACCGCAUCGAAUACUUUCAAAGCCGGAGCGUUUGUAUCCAUUCGGACGACAUGACCCAGCCAACGUAGCCGCUGGAUCUUUAUUCGCUGCGCUAUGUCUAUGUCGUCGUAAAGCUCAUACAGCUCAUCGUUCCAUCGUCUGCGAUAUUCGCCGUUGCCAACGUGCAAAGGUCCAUAAAUCUUACGCAGAAUCUUUCUCUCGAACACUCCAAGCGUCGCUUCAUCGGAUGUUGUCAUCGUCCAAGCUUCUGCGCCAUUCGUUAGGACGGGCAUGAUGAGAGUCUUGUAGAGUGUUAGUUUUGUUCGUCGAGAGAGGACUUUACUGCUCAGUUGCCUACUUAGUCCAAAGUAGCACUUGUUGGCAAGAGAGAUUCUACGUUGGAUUUCAAGGCUGACAUUGUUAUCGGUGUUAAUGCUGGUUCCUAAAUAGACGAAGUCUUUUACAACCUCAAAAUUAUAACUGUCAACAGUGACGUGGGUGCCGAUACGCGAGUGCGCCGACUGUUUGUUUGAAGACAGGAGGUACUUCGUUUUGUCCUCGUUCACCACCAGACCCAUUCGCUUUGCCUCUUUAUCCAGUUUGGAUAAGGCAGAACUAACAGCGCGGUUGUUAAGGCCGAUGAUGUCAAUAUCAUCGGCAUACGCCAACAAUUGUACGCUCUUAUAAAAAAUUGUGCCUGAGCGAUUAAGUUCUGCGGCUCGCACGAUGCUCUCCAACAUCAGGUUAAAGAAGUCACACGACAGGGUGUCACCCUGUCUGAAACCUCGCUUGGUAUCAAACGGCUCGGAGAGGUCCUUUCCAAUUCUGACGGCGCUGUUGGUGUUGAGCAACGUCAUCUUACAUAGCCGUAUUAGUUUUGCGGGGAUACCAAAUUCAGACAUCGCGGCAUACAGGUAACUCCUUUCCGUACUGUCGAAUGCAGCUUUGAAGUCGACGAAAAGAUGGUGUGUGUCGAUUCUCCUUUCAUGGGUCUUUUCCAAGAUUUGGCGUAUUGAGAAUAUUUGGUCGAUGGUAGACUUUCCAGGUCUGAAGCCACACUGAUAAGGUCCAAUCAGUUGGUUGACGGUGGGCUUCAGCCUUUCACACAAUACGCUCGCUAGAACCUUAUAGGCGAUAUUUAGAAGACUAAUCCCGCGGUAAUUGGCACAAAUUGCAGGAUCGCCCUUCUUAUGGAUUGGGCAGAGCACACUUAAAUUCCAAUCGGCAGGCAUGUUUUCAUCCGACCAUAUUUUGCAUAGGAGCUGAUGCAUGCACCUUACCAGCUCCUCGCCGCCAUGUUUGAAUAGCUCAGCCGGCAGUCCGUCGGCGCCCGCGGCUUUGUUGUUCGUUAGCCGCGUUAUCGCUAUUCUCACCUCGUCAUGAUCGGGUAGCGGAACGACAAUUCCGUCGUCAACGAUUGGGGUAUCGGGAUCUUCACUUUCUCGGUGACAUGCGCAGCUGUCACUGUUUAAUAGGUUCGAGAAGUGUUCCCUCCAUAAUUUAAGAUUGCUCUGUACGUCGGUCACCAGUUCGCCGUCUUUGUUCUUACAGGAAAACGCCCCGGUCUUAAAACCUUCUGUAAGCUGCCGAACUUUCUGGUAGAAUUUUCGGGCGUUGUUCCUGUUGGCCAGCAUUUCAAGCUCUUCGCACUCACGUAUUUCGGCCUCUCGUUUCUUCUGUCGGAUAAUACGUCUCUCUUCCUUUUUCAGCUCUCUGUAGCGAUCCCACAUGGCUCGCGUUGCGCCCGAUCGCAGCGUGGCUCUAUAGGCGGCAUCCUUUCUUUCUGCGGCAGCAUGACAUUCCUCGUCGUACCAAUUGUUUUUUCGGGCUCGCCGGAAUCCGAUUUCUUCUUCGGCGGCGGUACGUAGAGAACGAGAAAUGUUGCUCCAUUGUUCGUGGAUUCCGGUUUGUUGGGCAGUACUCUCUGAGAGCAGGAGUGAGAGUCGAGUGGCGAAUCUUCUGGCUGUCUGUUGUGAUUGCAGCUUUUCGAGGUCGAACAUUCUUUGCGUAGGUAGAUGCACGUUUUUUGCUGCACAGAGGCGCGUGCGCAGUUUGGUUGCAACAAGGUAGUGAUCCGAGUCAAUGUUGGGUCCUCGGAUCGUACGUACAUCUAAUACACUAGAAGCGUGUCUUCCAUCUAUCACAACAUGAUCGAUCUGGUUUCGCGGUUUUCGAUCAGGGGACAGCCAGGUAGCUUGGUGUAUCUUUUUAUGCUGGAAUCUGGUGCUGCAGACUACCAUGUUUCGGGCCCCGGCGAAGUCGAUCAGCCUCUGUCCGUUACCGGAUGUUUCGUUGUGUAGGCUGAAUUUUCCGACUGUGGGACCAAAAAUUCCCUCCUUGCCCACCCUGACGUUGAAGUCGCCAAGCACGAUUUUUAUGUCGUGGCGGGGGCAGCGCUCAUAGGAACGUUCCAGGCGCUCAUAGAAAGAAUCUUUGGUCGCAUCGUCCUUCUCUUCCGUCGGGGCGUGGGCCAUUAGUUUGGAGCUUUUAAAUUCUCGAAGGAAAUUUCAACCAAGUAAAGAUUUUCCAGGAUCUAUUCCUUUUAAUAUAUAGGAAUACCCCUUAAUUUAAACGAGAUUUUGAAAGGCAUAUAAAAUAGGUAUAUCUCGCAUAAAAAAUGAUAGAGAAUUUGGAGAAUUCAAUUCUAAAAGUUUGCGCUAAAGCCUGGCCAGCCAACAAAAAGAGGAAAAUGCAUUGCUGGCCAAAUAUAUAUUUAAUAAUUGUUUUAAUGUAUAUUUAAGAAUUAUUUCAAAUUAAUUAUAUUAUUGUAUAUAGAAUAUCGAACCUUUAAAAACAUUACUGUAUGUAUAUAUUGUUGAAAAUAAAAUCCAUGCAAAGAUAUAAAAAAAUGUAGUCAUAUAAAUUUUGAACAUAGAAAUCUAAAAAACACUUAUUUAAAUAAUUUAAUUAUUUAUGUCUGCAUACAUAUACGGAUAUAGCAUAUACAACGGGUGUUUUCUUAAAGUUGAAGAAUUUGCUUUUAAAUAAUUUACAAAAACCAAUAAAAUUGGUAACGUUUUAGUGUAUUUUGUACAUAAAAUAUUUAUAAAUAAUUCGGUUUACAUUACACUCUCGAUUGGUGAUACCACUUUUGCCAACUGGACUUAUUUUGCAAACAAAAAAGUGUGAAAGCACGUGACUUAAGUAACGAAUUUACAGUUUCAGAUCAGUUUCUGGAGAUGAUAGAGUAACCAAAGUUUGCACGCGAUAUGUGAUUGGUUGCACGCGCUAUAGACCUGAAUCAAAAAGUCGCGAAUCACGUGUCUGUCGCGCUCCCAAUCUUCAGUUUUUAAAAGUUCCACUGAUACCUGCAACUCACACUAAAUAAGUUAGUUGAGGUGAAUCAUUUACUGGUCACUCCACUCUGCUAAAAUUUUGCUUAUUUCCACAGUCUCUGAAAUGAGAAUCAUUGAGAAGCGCAAUUUAACAAUUUAAACAUUUUUACUGAUUUCCAAAAUACAUUUUGAAAAUAUUUAAACGUCCCUUGGGUGUGUUCAUUUUGUCAGCUGGUUUUAUAGGUAUGCCUAUCAAAAGUUUUUUGUGCACCUCAAAACACUCGUUAUGUACAUAUCCUUACUUACUUGUAUAUGUACAGGGUGGGCCACGUAAAAUUUGCUUUUUGAUUCGGCUAUAAAAAAAAACUAAUCAGUAUUUUUUCAAACUUUUUUCUUUUAUUUUGAAGAUUGAACAUUGUCGUUUAUGAAUGAAAAAUAAUAUCGUUCAAAUAACUGCCACGACUGGCUUUACAGUAGGCCAUUCGAUCAACCCACUUUUUUAGGCACAUUUUCGAUUGUUUGGGCUCCAAAUUCAUGAAUGGCAACUUCGAUUUCGUGUUUUAAAGCAUCAAUCGUCUCUGGAUGGUUCGCAUAGCAUCUGUCCUUAACGGCUCCCCACAAAAAAUAGUCCAACGGGCUUAAAUCACAGCUCCGAGGUGGCCAAUUGAUAUCGGAAUUCAAAAACGGUAGCCAAAAGUUCGAGUGUAAACGCAUUGGAUGGUCAUUAGGCAUCAGUUCUUGCACCAAUUGAACUUUGUAAGUUUUCAUACCGAGAUCUUUAUGCAAAAUUCUCCUUAAAGAAGAGCGUGAAAUGUUCAAUUCUUGAGAACGAUGACGAGUUUUCGGGUGUACGCACUGUAGGAGCACGUUCACGUGUUGUUUUAUCCAUUAACGAUCCACUUUCACGAACACGAUUAACAAAUUGAUCCACAAAGUGUCUUGUUGGCAAAUCUUUUUUUUUGGAAUUUUUUUUUCAAAUUUCUCACAGAAGAAGAAGAAGACUCAUCACUUUGGAAAUAGGUUUUCCAUAUUUCCCAAUUUUGUUCAAGCGUAUAGCGUCCCAUUUCGUAAAUGUCAAACCUGUAAGUAAAUUACGAGCACAUUUGACAUGACAUUUGUGUUACCAUUCUCAAAAAAAUAGGUGGCAAAAAAUAAAAGCAAACGCUAUAUGGCCCACCCGUUAAAUAUGUAUAUAUAUAUAUUAUAUAUAUAUAAUAUACGUACAUUUAAGUCUAGUUAUAGUAAAAUAAAUUUAUGGAAUAUAGAAAAAUAUAUUUUAAGUAAAUAUUUGUUCGAAUAAAAGGAAAUCAAUAUAAAGUAGAUAAAUCCAAGUAUUCAAUUUUAUACUUACAAGAAAAACCAAAUAUGCGAUGAAUCUUUGCAAAGGAAACAUUUUUAAUUUUAUUUGUAUUUUAUUAAUUUUUUUAAUUUAUCAAGCAUUUAGUAAGUAUAUAUUUGCUUUCCCAUUCAUUUAUAAGGAAUUAUGUUGGCUAUCAGAAGUGAAGAUUUCUUAAAUAAAUUUCAUGGCCUAGAAGAGUCUUUUAAUUAAAUCGGAAAAUUCAAAUCCUGCCACAGUGCGAUAUUUUUUUAGAGGAUAUAGUAAAAUAAAUAUUUAACAAUAAACCGUUUUUUCCUUGUAGUAAAUAUGAAAAUUCCAUUGUAUAUUAUAUUCUACGCCAUGAGGUGUAAGAGUUAAGCCAAAACCACCAGCAGCUAAAGCUUUAUUUCUGCGGUAUUAAUUUAAAUUUUGAUUAUUAUCAAUAUUAAACUUUCGCUAAGCUAAUAAGUAAAAUAUUUAUGUAAGCUUUUAAUUUUACAAUAAAAGAAAAACUAGAAAAAAGCAAUGUUCUGUUCUUAUAAAUUUUUUUUUAUUAUAAUUUGCUGUUUAUAUUUUAACCGGUUAGAAUUAGCUUCAUAUCGCAUCACCCAUAGCUUAGUUGUAAUUUAGAAGUAAUUCAUAGCAAUAGUUACCACUUCAAAAGACUAAAGACUUACGUAAAUACCUACGCAAGCGAAAGUACAUAACUACUAUAUUAUAUAUACAUAUACUUAUGUAUAUCUAUGUACAUAUGUACACAUUAUUGCAUACUUAUAUCUAUUGUAAUGUAAUUAUAGAAAACACAUCUGUACUCGUGUUUAAAUUGUAGAACAUAAGUUUUGUAACUAUAGUCAAUAAAUCAGCAAAAAACAAUUAUUCAGGAGAAUAAAAAAAUAAUAAUAAUUAAAUAAUUAAAAAAAUAAACAAUUUAGUAGUAAUUGUGGUAAAAGUAAAUUUUAUGUUAUAAAUGAAAUUUAGGUGACAAUUAAUUAUAUUUAAAGUAAAAACUAAUAAAUAUGUAAGCGGAAAAAGUUUAUCGAACAUUUUUUGCAUGUGAGUGCAAAAAAAUUAAAUAAAAUCUGUAUGUCAUGUAAGAAAAAAAUAUGGAAAGAAAUUAAUUGCAUUGAAAUUGAAAGUCGAAUAAACAGUA